GUCUUAAUAUUAUGUCUUUUAAUAUUUUUAGUUGCAUUAUCAUUUUAUUCAUGAUAUUUGAUUAAUUGUUAAUACCAAAAAAAAAAUGAUAUUUGGGUCUACUUCCUCUGCUUCCUCUUCGUUUGUAAUCGCCGAUGACCCGAGAAACAGGCGGCGGUUGACCGCAAAAUUAGCAAAAAGGGUACAUUUCGGGCCGGAUCCAUUAACGGUUGCAGUUGAGAAGGAUGUGAUCGACCGGCGCCUCUCACCUUCGACUGCUGACGGUCUAGCGUUUGGAAGAAUUGUUUGGAUAAUCAUUUCCUGUUUUAUCCAAAUUGCAGAUUUAGCACCAUAUAAAUUUUAAUCUAAAGAAAUGAAUGAUAAAGAUUUUGUGGAAAGGAUAUGUGUAACUCAUGUUUUAUUUAGGAUUCAUGGUUUUUUAUCAUCCUUUCCUCCGAUGAUAUACAGAAAUCCUUUGUUUACCCUUGUUUUUUUGAGGACUUAUUUGCCUGAGAAUCUGAGAUUUUAGUUGGGAGAAGGAGUAGGGAUGUUUUUAUAAUUUGAAUUCAAUGUAUAGAAUGAUGACAUGAAUAAAUGAAUUAAUUGAAG